AUGGACCAACUACCGACGGCCAUCCAUAUCACUCCCUUCCCGCUCAAACAUGAGAUUCUGGUACAUGUCGCCGUCGAAUCCAUGAUACAGUUCUUCGUCUUUGCUGUGGUUGGGCUUCGAUUGUUUGCCCGCAGCUGCAUGGGUGCUGGCCUCGGUCUCGACGACUACAUGAUCAUCAUAGCCCUUCUCCUCAGCUGCGUUGUCUAUGGCCUUAUGGUUGCUCUGCAGGUUGCAGGCACCGGCUACGAGCAAGUCGAAACGAUGGCAAAUAUCCCAACCAUCCUUCUCCUAACUUUUAUCACGGUACCCACCUACCUCGGCUGUCUCCUCUUCUCCAAACUGAGCAUGCUUUGCUUUUACCUCCGAAUCUUCGAAACUCAGGCCCCUCGCCGGUUGGUUUUCGGUACCAUGAUACUGUGCAUGUGUUGGUUUGUGUCGCACUUCCUCGCCAAUGUCUUCAUCUGCAAACCCGUACCUGCUCAGUGGAAGAUGGAGCUAGUGAUGUCUGGUGAAGGAACCUGUGGUGACCAAAUUCCAAUCUUCCAAUCCAUGAUCAUCAGUAACAUGCUCACGGAUCUUAUCAUCAUGGUCCUGCCAAUGAAAAUCAUUUGGGGGCUCCAGAUGCGCUUCAUGGAGAAGAUUGGCUUGAUGACAUCGUUCCUCCUGCUGGGAGCUGUCAUCGUUGUCAGUUCCGUCCGUGUGCACUACGUAUCAACAGUCAACAUGCGCGCGGACUUGACCAAAACGAUGGGUACAUCACUAUUCCUGACGACACUGGAACCGAACUUCGCCAUCCUUUGCGUAUCGAUCCCCAUGCUACGACCCCUCUACAGAAGCUACCGAGCUCGCUUCGGCUCUUCCGGUGCCACGAAAUUAAGCGAUGAAGCUACUCACACCAUCGGUGGAAGCGGCGCAUAUCGAUCAGGUAGAUCGAAACAAAACUCGAGGAAAUUGGGUCGCGACGACAUCACGCUGGCUACUUUUAACGCCGACGAUAAUUACACCAAAUAUGACACAAACGUCGAGGCUGGAUCGAAUCCGAGCCUGUCUGCAGAGUCAGACCGGAAACUGGCUGCACACAAUGCCCCUGAUGCUGGAAUCAAAGUCCACACACAGUGGGAAAUAUCAAGACACAGCAAAUAA